CAACUUUCCGCACUUGAUACACAAUAUACUAUUAUGCUUAUCUCAUCUUUUUAUAUACUUAGAUUUGCGGAACUUCUAGAAAAUACCUACUGCAUACCUUUUGCCAUACAAAUAUUCAUAAUAACAACAGAUAUGAGCGUUACCUUGUUACAACUUUCACAGCAGGGCGGCCUUAUACUGGAGAAAAUAAGAUACGUGCUCUAUAUCAUUGGUCAACUGAUUCACUUAUUCCUCUUCAGUUUAGAGGGACAAAAAUUAAUAGAUCAUAGUCUUCAAACACGCGACAAGAUAUACAAUAGCGCCUGGUACAAAGCAUCAGUCAGAUCACAAAAGCUGAUCAUGAUGGUGAUGGUUAAGUGCCUUCGACCGAGCUUUUUAAGCGCCGGCAAGAUUUACAUUUUUUCUUUGGAGAGUUUUACCUGGGUUCUACAAGCUUCGAUGUCGUAUUUUACGGUGCUCGCGUCCUUUAUGAGGUCUCUUACACGACAUUUAUCCGUCGAUUGGAACGAAGUCGAAAAUCCCGAGGAGUACAAAAUAAUGAAGUCAUAUGCUGAGAACAGUCGACGAUUCUCUAUGAUGUAUUCCGGUAGGAAAGGCAUAGAUAUAAUAGAAUUCAAACAUAAGAGAAAGCGUUAUAUUACCUGUUAUAUUCCGUUUUAUUAUAGCAAUGUAACAAUUAUGUAUCGGUGUUUGCCGGGAGAUAUUCUAUUCUCCUUCUCUACGUUUCUAUCUUCCAUAAAUUUUACUUUGUACGUUGCAGCGUAUUGCUUAAUGGCGACAUUUACGUUUAUGUGUACGUCUCUUGUACCGUUCGCACUCGAUUUCAUGUUGCCCCUCAAUCAAUCCCGUCCCGUGAUACCGCCAUAUCCGGGAUACUACUUCGUGGAUGUUCGCGAAUAUUUCUUGCCAAUUUUCUGCCACUCUCUCGUCGCCUGGGAUAUCCUCAUGAUCGGCAUAAUGGCUCACGAUUGCAUGUACGUGACUUACGUCGAGCACGUUUGCAGCCUGUUCGCCGUGACUGGACAUCGUUUCGAGCGUUUAUUCUACAAUGAUCGUAAUCAGUUGACAGAGGUCGUUGAUCGAAACGAUAUGUAUUACAAAAGAAUUUCGUUCAUCGUGCAUACGCACCGAAAAUCUUUAAAAUUCGCGGAACUUUUAGAAGAUACCUUCACCAUACCCUUUGCGAUUCAAAUAUUGAUAGUAACAAUGGGGAUGAGCAUUACCUUGUUACAAAUUUCACAGGAGAACGGUCCUAUACUGGAGAAGAUAAGAUACGCGUUAUAUGUCAUUGGUCAACUGAUUCACUUAUUCCUCUUCAGUUUAGAAGGACAAAAAUUGAUAGAUCAUAGUCUUCAAACACGCGAGAAGAUAUACAAUAGUUCUUGGUAUAAAGCAUCCGUCAGAUCGCAAAAGCUGAUCAUGAUGGUGAUGAUUAAAUGCCUUCGACCGAGCUUUUUAAGCGCCGGCAAGAUUUACAUUUUUUCUCUGGAGAGUUUUACCACGAUUCUACAAACUUCGAUGUCGUAUUUUACAGUGCUCGCGUCCUUUCAAUAAUUUGCGAUAUUUUUCAUCUGUAAUUAGCGUUUUCAAGCCAGAAAGGGGAUUCUAAGCGCUGUCUUGUUUUAUUGAUAAAACAUUAUU